CACACUGAGAGAGGAGGGGGCAGGGCCCUCAUACCUACGUCCAGAAGCCAGCUGCUGACGUUAGAGAGAAGAAUAAAGCAGACGAGCCGGCACCAGGCACCAGCAGGAGAGGGAAAGGGAGCCAGAAAGAGAGACACCAGGAUACGAGGCGUGGAGGCAGACAGCCCCCAGCCUGCAGCCUCUGCCUGGGCUCUGCUGAGCCUGGACCCCAGGGUCUUGAGAGCUGCCCCAAGGAUGGGCACCAGGGGAGCAGUCAUGCCCCCUCCUGUGUGGGGGCUGCUAGGCUGCUAUUUCGUCUGUGGCUGGGCUCUGGGGGGUCUACGGCCCCUCCGCUCUCUGCCCCCUCUGUCUUCCCAAGUUGAGCCAGGAUCUGUGCCCAUGCAGGUGCCCCCAGAGGGGGCUGAGGCCGCCCUCGCUUAUCUUUACUCUGGAGAUGCCCAGCAGCUGUCGCAGGCGAAUUGCAGUGAGGGCUAUGAAGCGCGUGGGGCAGGAGCCAUGCCAGAGCUCCCCCCAACCCUACAGGGAGCAGCGGGCACCCUUGCCCAGGCCGCCAAUUUUCUCAACAUGCUGCUGCAAGCCAACGACAUCCGUGAGUCCAGUGUGGAGGAGGAUGUGGAGUGGUACCAGGCACUGGUCCGCAGCGUGGCUGAGGGGGACCCAAGAGCAUACAGGGCUUUGCUGACCUUUAACUCUCCACCAGGGGCCAGCCACCUACAGCUGGCCCUGCAGGCCACCCGGACUGGAGAGGAAACCAUCCUUCAGGACUUGUCUAGGAACUGGGUGCAGGAGGAGAGCCCACCUGGGGACCUGGACACCCCGGCCCUGAAGAAGCGGGUGUUGACCAAUGACCUAGGGAGCCUUGGCAGCCCCAAGUGGCCGCAGGCAGAUGGCUAUGUGGGGGACACGCAGCAGGUGAGGCUGUCUCCUCCUUUCCUGGAAUGCCAGGAAGGACGGCUCCGACCUGGCUGGCUGAUCACACUCUCUGCCACCUUCUAUGGACUCAAGCCAGACCUCAGCCCAGAGGUCAGGGGGCAGGUGCAGAUGGCCGUAGAUCUCCAGAGUGUGGACAUCAAUCAGUGCGCAAGUGGCCCAGGCUGGUACUCCAGCACACACCUGUGUGACCUCAACAGCACUCAGUGUGUCCCCCUGGAGAGUCAGGGCUUUGUUCUUGGCCGCUACCUCUGCCGAUGCCGACCUGGGUUCUACGGAGCAAGCCCCUCUGGGGGGUUAGAGGACAGUGCCUUCCAGAGUACCGGGCAAUUCGGGUCCCCCGAAGGCAGAUCUGGGAGACUGCUGCGGUGCCUGCCAUGUCCUGAGGGCUGCAGCAGCUGCAUGGAUGCCACACCGUGCCUGGUGGAAGAGGCCGUGGCGCUGCGGGCCACUGUGCUGGCCUGCCAGGCCUGCUGUAUGCUGGCCAUCUUCCUGAGCAUGCUGGUCUCCUACCGCUGCCGCCGGAACAAGAGGAUCUGGGCAUCUGGAGUGGUCCUGCUGGAAACCAUCCUUUUUGGAUUCCUGCUGCUUUACUUUCCUGUCUUCAUCCUGUGCUUCAAGCCCAGUGUAUUCCGCUGCAUCGCCCUUCGCUGGGUGCGGCUGCUGGGUUUUGCAAUCGUCUACGGCACCGUCAUACUCAAGCUUUACAGAGUGCUGCAGCUGUUUCUGUCUCGAACGGCCCAGCGGAGCACCCUUCUGAGCAGCGGGCGGCUGCUGCGGCGCCUGGGGCUGCUCCUGCUACCUGUGCUGGGCUUCCUGGUUGUGUGGACUGUGGGCGCCCUGGAGCGAGGCAUCCAGCACGCACCUCUGGUGAUCCGAGGCCACACUCCCACUGGCCGCCAUUUCUACCUCUGUCACCACGACCGCUGGGACUACAUCAUGGUUGUGGCUGAGCUGCUGCUGCUGUGCUGGGGCAGCUUCCUGUGCUACGCCACGCGGGCUGUGCUCUCCACCUUCCACGAGCCACGCUACAUGGGCAUCGCCCUGCACAACGAGCUGCUGCUUUCCGCUGCCUUCCACACGGCCAGGUUUGUGCUGGUUCCCUCCCUGCACCCAGACUGGACCCUCCUCCUCUUCUUCUUCCACACCCACAGCACAGUCACGGCCACACUGGCUCUGAUCUUCAUCCCUAAGUUCUGGAAGCUGGGGGCUCCUCCCCGGGAGGAGAUGGUGGAUGAGGUGUACGAGGAUGAGCUGGAACUGCAGCACUCGGGCUCCUACCUCGGCAGCAGCAUCGCCUCAGCCUGGAGUGAGCGCAGCCUGGACCCUGGAGACAUUCGGAACGAGCUAAAGAAGCUCUAUGCCCAGCUGGAGGUCCACAAGACCAAGGAAAUGGCUGCGAACAACCCCCACCUGCCCAAGAAGCGGGGCAGCUCACGCCAGGGGCUGGGCCGCUCCUUCAUCAGGUACCUGGCGGAAUUCCCCGAGGCCCUGGCCAGGCGGCACUCCCGGGACUCGGGCUCCCCGGGCCGCGGCAGCCUGCCUGGCUCCUCCCGCCGCCGGCUCCUCAGCUCCAGCCUCCAGGAACCCGAGGGGACACCGGCUCGCAAGUCCCGCAGCACCUACGACCAGCGCAGGGAGCAGGACCCGCCUCUUCUGGACUCACUGCUGAGGAGGAAGCUGGCCAAGAAGGCCUCUCGGACAGAGAGCCGGGAGUCGGCGGACGGGCCCCCUGCCCUGGGCUUCAGGUCGGCCAGCGCCCACAACCUGACAGUGGGAGAGAGGCUCCCCAGAGCCCGGCCCGCCCCUCUGCAGAAGUCGCUCAGUGUGGCCGGCUCCAGGGAAAAGGCCUUGCUCAUGGCCAGCCAGGCCUACCUGGAGGAGACCUACCGGCAAGCAAAGGAGCGGGAGGAGCGGAAGAAGGCCGAGGCAGCCAUGGCCAGCCUGGUGCGGAGGCCAUCGGCCCGGAGGCUGGAGCAGCCUCGACGGCCCCCUCUGUCAGCUCCACCUUCCCCUGCCAAGAGCAGCAGCAUGGACAGCUCUCAUGCCUCUGGGAGGCUUCACGAGGAGGCUGGGAGGAGGCUGCCUCACCCACCCAUCCGGCACCAGGUCUCCACUCCCAUCUUGGCCCUGUCUGGGGCCUGCCUGGGAGAGCCAAGGAUGCUCUCUCCCACCUCCACCUUGGCUCCAGCCCUGCUGCCAGCUCUAGCUCCAACCCCAGCCCCCACCCUGGCACCAGUCCCAGUAGCCCCCCAAAGCCCCAACUUACUCACCUACAUCUGCCCCUGGGAGAACACAGAACUGCCAGUCAAGAAAGAAAAUGUGGCCCAGGAAGGACCCUCAGGGCCAGAGCGUGGCCACCCUUCCCCUGCCCCCGCUCGGGCCAGGCUCUGGAGGGCCCUCUCUGUUGCAGUAGAGAAAAGCAGGGCUGGGGAGAAUAAGAUGGACACUGAGGACGCGCACCUCCAGAAGGAAGCUAACGACGUGGGCGAAGACCGGUCCAAGAUCUUCCCAAAAUCCCACAGUCUCAAGGCCCCUGUUCAGCAGGGUUCCAUGCACAGCCUGGGGCUGGCGAUCAGAGCUCUGACCCGCUCCCGGAGCACCUACAGAGAGAAGGGGAGUGUGGAGGAGAGUCCUGAGGGGCAGAACGGCAGGGCUGUGGGAGACAGUGUGGGGGCACCCUCCCGAUCGCCCAGGCUAGGCCGGCCCAAGGCGGUGAGUAAGCAGGCUGCUCUUGCCCCCUGCGAUGACGAGGAGUCCCUCCAGAACCAACAGAACGCUCACACCAGCAGGAUGCUCCAAGUCUGUCAACGGGAGGGCAGCAGGGAACAAGAGGACAGAGACAGAAGGACGCCCCAGGGUCUAGGGGAGCGGAAAGCUGAGACAGCAGGUAAAACAGGGCUUGCCACACUGAGGCAAGUUUCUAGGGACAAAAAUGUCGAGCAAUCAAAAGAAGCCCCUGUGAGGGUGCAGGAACUGCCCAAAGCUGGCCUCCAGCCCCUGGGUAGUGCUGACCACAGGGUGGCAGAGGUAUGCCCCUGGGAGAUCACUGAAUUAGAAACGCGUCAGCCGGACUGUGGUAGCAAGGCCGAAAUCUGCCCCUGGGAGAUGAGUGAAGGAGCCCCUGAGUUGAAGGCACUAAGACAAGACCCAGGUGACUCCCAAGAAAAGGGGGUGGGGGCCCCAGGAAAAUCAGAGCCCACCGAUGUGGCUGCCAUGAUGAGGAAAAGACCAGAGAGGCUGGUGAGGGAGCAGGAAGCUGUGUGUCCCUGGGAGAGUGCCGAUCAUGGAGGUCUGUUCCCUGGGUCAGCUCCUCAGGACGCUGGCAGAAUCAGAGACAGAUCUGAGGCAGGGGGCAGUGUGGAGGCCAGGAAGGUGGAGAAGCCUGCGGGGGAAGCUGCUGGCCCAGACACUCAUACACCUGACAUCGCCAGGGCGGAGCUGUGUCCCUGGGAGGCAAGUGAAAGAGGUGAGGGCGGGCAACCAGCCCAAGAGGUAGUAAAGGAUCUCUCUCAGGAAAAGCAGAAAACCAGGAAAGCAACCUUUUGGAGAGAACAGAAACUGGGUGGAGACUUGGAGUCUCUUUGUCCAUGGGAGAGUACAGAUUUCCGGGGCCCCUCAGCAGUCUCAAUUCAGACCCCAGGAAGCUCACAGUGUUCAGGGAGUCUGGGCAGUGGCAUUGCUGAAGUGUGUUCCUGGGAGGCAGGAGAUGCUCCUGCUGUCGGGAAAGCAGAGAUCUGUCCCUGGGAGCUGGCUGAUAAGGUGAUGGGGCAGGAAACACUGAAUCUGGGAACAGGUGGAGAAUCUCUCCAAGAAAAGGAAAAAGCCUCCAGAAGAGGAAGCUUUGGAGAGAUGGGGGAACAAACUGUGAAAGCAGGGCAGAAAUUAAGUCAACAGCAGGAGUCGGUGUGUCCCUGGGAGAGGACAGUCCUUGGGCACUCCAGCCCAUGUCUAGACAAUUCCUCAUCCAAAGCCGGUGGCCAGUUCCUAUGCAAUGGAGGAAGCAGAGCAACACAGGUGUGUCCACAGGAAGAUCUCAGGCCGGAGGCACAGGAAGCAACACCUGCCAAGGCAGAAAUCUGUCCCUGGGAGGUAAAUGAAAGAACAAGAGAGGAAUGGACAUCAGCACAAGCACCAAGAGGAGGAGAAUCUCAAAAGGACAAGGAGAAAAUGCCUGGAAAAUCAGAAAUACAAGAUGUCACAGCUUGGGAAAAGCCUGCAGGGCAGAUCCAAAAGCAGGAAGCAGUCUGUCCGUGGGAGAGUACGAACCUUGGCAGCUUCUCACCACAACCACGUCCUCAAGACACAGAGAGACCCCAAACCCUUCUCCAGAUGUCAGGCAGCAUGGGAAGCAGCGCUGCCAACAUUUGCCCUUUGGAUGUGGAGGAAAUCCUGACUGCUGGGAAGGCAGAAAUCUGUCCCUGGGAGGUGGGUGCUGGAGCAGGGGAGGAAAGCGCUGUGGGAGUCAAGGACAUUAGGAAAUCCCCAAAUGAUACAGUAAAGGCUUCUGCAGUUCUUCCCCCCAGGGAGAUAGCUGUUACUGCUCCAGAGAAGCCACAGAAGCCAACCCCAGAGUGGGAGGUUGCUUGUCCCUGGGGGAGGGUGGGUCCAGGGGCCUCCUCUCAGCAUUCAGAUACUCUGGAUGCUGAUGGACCAAAAGCUGAGUUCGAGGAACUGGACCAUGUGGGGUGCAGGCCUGCUGAGGUGUGUCCCUGGGAAGCGCAGGAAGCUGCUACCAGUGAAAAAGCCGAGAUCUGUCCCUGGGAGCGGAAUGAAGGGACUAUUGGGAAAGGAUUGGACGAAGAGACAGGGAGUGAAUCAGCAGAGCAGAGGGAGAAAGCUCUAGAAAAGGGGGGACUUACUUCCCUGGGAGAAGACCUAUCAAAAGGGAUGACAAAACUGUGUCAAGAACAGGAAGCUAUUUGUCUUUGGGAGAACCAGGACUUGAGGGAAUCCCCUGCUUGGGCCCCCAAGAUCUCAGACUUGCCCACCAGCAUGCGUAGUGAAGUGGCAGAGGGACAUUCCUUGGAAGCAACAGAGAAGGGGGACCUGACACAAGACGCAAAGACAGGCUCCUUCUCAGAACAUAUAACCCAAGAAAAAGCUCCAGCUUCAAACACAGAAAAAUCCACUCCUGAAGAUGGGGAAAAAACAAGCAAUGAGCUACAAUCUGUCUGUCCACGGGAGAGCAGUGCCCCAGCAGGUUCCUUUUCCAACCCAGACAGACAGUGCCCUGACCAACCUAAAGCCAGCUCCCAGAGACUGGUCAGCACGGGGGGCAGAGCCGUUGACGUGUGCCCAUGGGAUGUUCCUGAUGCAAGCGUGUAUAAACUUGACAGCAGUGCCAAGGCCGAGACCUGUCCCUGGGAAGUGACUGAAAGAAUCCCUGUCAAAGAGGUGUCAAGACAGGAUGGAAAAGGGGACUCUCAAGAAGAGAAAGGCAGAGCCCCAGAAAAUUCAGAACCCAAAGGUGUGCCAGUUCAGAAAAAGUCAGAGAUGGCAGACUUCAGGCAGGAGGAGGCUGUGUGUCCCUGGGAGAGUCAAGAUGGCAGGGGACGGUCCCUACAGCCAGCCCCAGAUGCUUCUGACAGCAGCAGUUCUGAGGCAGCAGGCAGUGUGGAGACCAGCGUGGCGGAAGUGUGUCCGUGGGAAGUGGAAGAGGCUCCCUCCGCCAAGGAAGCAGAGAUCUGCCCUUGGGAGGCAGGUGGAGGAGCAGCAGAGGAAGGGGGACUGGAACAGGAGGUGGAACGAGAAUCACAACGGCAAGGAGAGAUGUUCCUUCAGAAGGCAGGUCCUGGAGGGACUGAAGAACACUUCUCAAAAGCAGCAGGAAAGCCCAGAGAACAGGAGGCAGUCUGCCCUCGGGAAGGCACAGGCUCAGGGGGGCUCUUGCUCCAGUCAGGUGCUCUGAACCCCGACCAACUCAAAGUCAGCCCCCAGGGAGCAGGCAGCAUGGGGAGCAGGAUGGCAGAGCUAUGCCAAUGGGAAAUCACAGAUCCAGAAGGAAAUAAAAUAAAGGGCACCAUGGCAGACAUCUGUCCUGGGGAGGAAACUGGAGUCCCAACUGAGGAAUCUGGCCUCCUGGCUUUAACAGCAACUCAAACAGAAUUUUUCCCCACAGCUCCUGAAAAACCACUAUGCCUUUUAGUCCAUGGGCCUCUGGACCACUUCCUUCCGGUAAGCAAAAUCCUUUGCCCCAAGGUAAGCAGGCCAGCCAGUACUUCCACUCUAGAAGGUGUCAGAGAACUACAAGGCUCUUCAGGGCUUGAGUCAAGGACCAGCUUAGCCCCAGAGCCAAGUCUCCAUGAAGCCGAGUCUCAGUCUUCCUCCUUAACUGAAGACCCAGGCCAAAUGGUUUUGGAAGCUCAGUGUGAAGAAUUCACCCCUCCAACGGUCUAUCCUUGGGACUGGGAGUAACAGCCUUCUUAGGUGAGGUCAAACACAGAGCUAGCUUUCAGGAGCCAAGGCCCUUCCCAAGCCCAAGGGUUCCCAAAGAGCUGAACCAAAGACAGCUUGGUCACUUCCCCUCCUUGAGACCAGAAGUCAACUCAUCCCAAAGACGAACUGUAUGAAAAGGAUACAGUUUGGACACCAAUGGGAAGGCCCACCCGGUCUUUAUUUCUAAUUUUUCUUCCUGUUGGAGGAAACAAAGAUUGGACACUGCUUCUAAGGACUCCUCCCAUUCAUCUACGGUACUCACAACACAAACCACCCAAGUCUGGACACUUACCGCAAAGCCAGUGUCAGGGAUGAAAGGAAGUCAGCUGUGGCCAGCCUACCUUCUCUCAUGGGGAGACCCUGAAUUCUCUGAAGUCUACGAUGGAGCAUUUUUUUUAAGAAGAAACUAAACAAUACAAGGCGUUGACAACAUAGGGACAGUGGACCACAGAAGGCUAUAGAGUCCACCAUAGGAAGCUGAGGAGCCAUUUAAUUGAAGAUAAAUUGGAGGAAAAGCUAAAAUGACUCAAAAUAGGCGCCUGAAAUGCCUUAAGGACCUUGUCAUUUUGACUUUGAAUCUCCUGUUUCUGCUUUAUUGCUUCUCAUACCUGCCCUGCUUGACUGCUGAAGCAGAAACAACCAGGCACACUAACAUCCAUUUCAGCACCUGGCAUCCAAAGCCGCUUCAGAGACAGAGAACACAGAAGAAAGCAAUUUCCCCAGGUCCUCCCCACAGUCAAAGGAGCUCUUCCUUCCAGACAUCCUUGUGUGCCUCCUGCUAGUUUUUUAGGGGGUCUCCCCCUCUUCCUGCCCCAGCUCUCACCAGUCUCCAGAGCUCACCUCACUGGCUCAUUUGCCUCCCCCUAGCUUUUCAGCACUGCCAUCAACAGGAUCCCUCUCUUUUGUCAAUGCAACUGGAGUCAAGAGGAAUCUCUGAUUCUGAUGCAAGAAUCCCCCUCCCACCCAAAUCACUUGCUCAGUAGCAAGAGGACACAUCAAUCUCCUUUCAGAGGAGCUUGAGAAAGGCAGUCCUGUAUACAGCCAGAACUCCACUUCUGCCCUCUGAAAGAGGAGUGCAGUGGGGCAAGUUAGAAGCCUGAGGGCCGGGGAAAGGGCACUGUGUGAAGACAAAGCCUUCUUUCUUAGGGAGCUCUCUCUUGGCUCAGCUUCCUUCUCUCAACAGUUCAGCUACCCUUGCUUAAGCAGUACUAGAUUACAAAGUGCUGGGAUUAGAUGAUAAUACCAGAGGGAAAUGAGGAAGGAGAAAACAUACAAAGAAGUCCCAAGAUUGGCAAACGGAGGUGGGGGAGGGGGAAGGUGGCAGCUAGAGAUGGUAGAGCUUGACAGGGGCACUAAGAUGGCAGUAAAUCACAUCCUCUAACAGUAUAGACGUUGAUGUCAUUCAUGGGGAGAAAAAGACGAAACAGGGAGACCAAAUACUCAAAGGGAAAAAAAGAGAUGCAACAUCUAGUCUGCAUGUUAAUAUGCUGGGUGGUUAUGGGACUUCACAGAGAAAGUAAUAAAGUACUCCACUUCCAAAAGGGAACAGAGGAAUGGAGUAACCCACUCUCUUUUGGGGACCAAAUGUCCUCAUUCCCUUACCUAGGGACCUUAUCCUGGGCUUUUAGAGCAGUAACUUAAGUGUGGUGUUGUCCUGGGCUCUGGCUAGUUAGCCUUACAGCUUCUGAGCUAAUGGGGAUUUUGCUGUGCACCCCAAAACAAUUCCAUUGAGUCUGGUCUAGCCGGAAACAGCAAAGUUGCCACCAAACCCACUCUUGUGAAAUAAACCAUGUCGGGGGGGGGGGUGG